AGCACACACUGCACUGUGGAUACAGCUGCCGGAAAGUGUUAAGACAUUUAUUAAUUCCUCUUUGAGCUGUUCUCAUAAGUCUCUAAAACGGUUUUACUGGCGUCAAAAUGAACACGAGUCAGGUGAACGCUUCACUCAAGUGCGAGCGGGACACUAGAGUAAUAUCUGUACUCUUCCCUUGCCUGUACACGGCUCUCUUUCUGAUGGCUGUUGUGUUGAACAGUCUAGCCGCCUGGAUCUUCUUCCAAAUCCGCAGCAGCUCAACGUUUGUCGUGUACCUGAAGAACGUAGUCGUGGCCGAUCUACUGAUGACCCUCACCAUACCCGUGAAAGCGCUGACCGAUGCGGGCUUGGGUUCCUGGCAGCUCCGGGCUUUUCACUGCCGGUACUCAGCUGUGCUCUUCUAUAUCACUAUGUACAUCAGCAUCCUCCUCCUCGGAUUCAUCAGCUUGGACCGGUACCUAAAGAUUGUGCAUCCGUUUGGGAGAUGUGCUCUUCAGAGGGUCAGGGUAGGUCAGAUACUGUGCGCAGUUAUCUGGGUGGUUAUGUUGUCGCUGGCUCUGCCGAACGUCAUCCUGAGUAACCAGAUGCCACAGAUUCCCUCUGGCGGUAGGCUGCGAUGCACCAAGAUGAAGGGGAAGAUGGGACUCAUGUGGCAUGAAGGCUUUAACUACUUUUGCCAGUUUGUUUUUUGGGGUACACUGGUGCUUAUGGUCGUCUGCUACACAUUCAUCAGCAGGAAAGUGUUUGAAUCGUACCGUGCGUCACAAAGCAGCAGUGACACAGCCAGCAAAAAGACCACAUCUAAGGUGUUUGUGGUUGUGGGUGUUUUCUUCGUAUGCUUCGCACCCUACCACCUGGCCCGAGUCCCAUACACCCUGAGUCAGACCCGCAAUACUUCUGCCCAGUGCUGGGCCCAAAACCAGCUGUAUUUUGCCAAAGAGAUCACGCUGUGGUUAUCAUCUACUAACGUGUGCCUGGACCCUCUCAUUUAUGUUUUCCUGUGUCGAGUCUUCCGCAAGAAGCUCACAGCCACGCUGAGCCGCCGUCCGCUCCCACAGGGCACAGUGACAGACACCACCACCAAAAUAGAGAUGCCAAACAGAGGCCACUGUAACGCCAACAUGGGUUUAGAUUGUCAUUAACAAUCUUCCCCCUGAUAGCAAUCAACCAUUGAAUCAAUGUUUAAAAUUGUUGAUUUGUCAAUGUUAAUUGCACUGAACCAAAAUCAAAAUCACGUUUGCACCCACAAUUAAUGUUUAAUAAUAUUUCAACAAACCACCAUUGAUGUGAUCAGUGUUUGCUUUACUUGGGCUCUUCAUUCUUUGUACUUUAAUAACACAUUGUGUUAAAAUACAUUUGUUAAGGCAGUGAAAACUAGUGAUGGUGAUUUUAAUCAUUGCUCACAGGUGCGUUGUGUAUUUAUGUGUGGAUAAUAUGUGAUAUUACGGUGUGAGAUUAAAGCAGUGGUACAACUAUCAUACUUUACUUUUUUUGUACAGCAAAAUCUAAACAUUCACUUGUUUUAAUAUUUUAAGGAAAUAUGAAUUGUAAUGUAGAAUUUUAUGUUUUUAUUUUUAAUUUUAUUACAUACACACACGGGGGAACCAGAAAUAAUGAAAUAAAAAUGACUCUCUUAUACCGCACAUCACUCUCUUUCUUGCAAUUUGAAGUGCUAAAAAGUAAAUAGUGAAAAAGCUUUGUGCAUCAGUUCAUGAAAUACAUCAGUGACAGGGUUAUUUUUCUUGUCUUUAAGUGUGCUUCAUUAUCUGAUACCACAGUCAUUUCCUUUCCAGUAAUCUUGCCCUUACCAACUUGUCUUGCUGAGAAAAGUGUUUUCUGUUGAAGCAGAAAGUGUCAGCUUAUUAAAGCUGGUAAAAGUGGGGGAAAAUUUUGAAUUUAAAACAAUGCAUUAUACUAUCGAAAAUGUUUUAAUAUAAAUUACCUAUUGUGAUCAACAUAGAAUUGGGGAGAAAGCUAUUUUUUUCAGAAUGUAUUAGUAGAACGUGUGGUUAAAUGUACUUGAAGGGACUUUUCACUUUUACACUUGUAGCACUUACACUUUGUGCAAUUUGUGCUGACUGGAAUAAAUGUAGUGUUUUUGUGACUUUGUGUUUCUAAUGAUAUUCACAGUGGUGGCAA